AUGGACCGAAAUAUCCAAAGACGGAGCAGCAUCUCGGUGCAGUCAACUGCCCCUUCUUCCCUGCGCCAUUGCUCAUUUCCCUCCUCUUCAAACACCUCGCCUCCGACCGAUACGGCCUCUCUCAAACCCGAACCGAAGCUGAAGCGCCGGUCUGCUCCCCCAAAGCCUCUUGCCCUCGCCCGGGUCAAGGGAACCGUCGCCAUGGACUCUUCGCCGCAAAUGAAUUCAGAAAUAUCGUGGUUGAACGACGCUUCACCAAUGUCGAUGACCCCCAGGACCGCAACGCCGAGAACGCCGCAGCGAUCUGGAGCCGGUACGCACAUGGCAUCGCCGCAGACUUCACGCCGGAGGGAGCGAGCGCACACGCUGACUAGUGAUGGACAAACAGGUACUCCGGAACCUGCCCCUCCAUCGCUCGUCAACCCUUCUUCGGCCCUUCUCCAAGAUCUCCUCAAAGAACAACGCGCGAAUCGAGUUCCCAAGGGAACUACGUCGGAGGACGCUGGUCAGGGCGCCCCGCGCACGCCAGAACGAUCUCACACCCGGCCCCAGUCUCGAUCUCAAUCCCCCGCACAGUCCCAGUCGCAAACCCGAUCUCAAUCGCAGGAAGAGGUGGGCUCGGAGAAACAGCGGAAAAUUCAGACCGCGCUUUCGUCGGGUCUCAGGCAGCCGCAUGAAAUGGGGGUCAGAGAAAUGGGCGAGUACGUCUCCAAGAUCAACAAACAAAACUUCGACUUGAAGCUCGAAAUAUUCCACCGUGUGCAACAAAUGGCCGCUUUGGAGAAGAAACUACAGCGUAUGGAGCAACUGGAAGAGGAGCUCGAGCGCCUGCGAGGCUUGGAAGACGAGGUUCAGGAACUGAGGGAUGCCGAGGCAGACAAUCAGCGACUAAGGGAAUCCAACGAGCAACUACGACAUGAGGUUGACAAGCGGGACCAGGCAAUCACGGAGGCUGUUGAUAUGAUCUGCCUUCUGGAGAAUAAAGUGGCCCAAUUGGAAGCUGGUGAAAAUCCAUCGACACCUUCUACCACUCGCGGGUUCGAAGACGACGACCCCGGUGCUACGACUCCCAGGCAGAAUACCACGUUUGCCGCUAUUGACAUCCCGGAGAGAACAUCCUCGUGGCGGGGUACUUCCCGUUCGAAGCAUCGGCGGUCAUCUUCGGAUUCGCAUCAGCUCAAGCGAGCUCCUUCAUUGUUAUCCGAUGAUCACAAGAGCCCCACAACACUGCAGGCCCCCUCAACUACUGCUGACGACCGGUCUCGUUCAGCAUUGAGUGACAUGACAAAAUCAGAGAGUCUGCAAUCUAUGAGCGAUUUCCUCGAGCCAGAGUCCCCACGGCUCAGUGCUCUGAGCGAAUGCAGUGAAUUGUACCCGCACGAUGAAGAAGCAAGCGAUCGAUUGGUUAUCCCGGUUAAAGAGCGAGACUCAUCAGGGGUCUCGGAGGCUCCCAAAGGAACGGUUGAGGAGUCCUCCAGUAAGAGCCUGAUUGAAUCUUGGAUCCAGCCACAACGUGAUGCCUUCCUGGAAGAUGUGCCGGAGCAGGAUAUAUUGCCCUCAAAUCUUCUCAGGCAGACGGGUAAACCAAGCUUUGACAGUGACUCAUACAAUAGCUCGAGCCAGAAAACAAGAGUGGAUAGCGUGUUUGGAGGUUCGAGAUUACCCCCUACUCCAGACACUAUGAGUACGGCGUACGCCACUGGUCCCAACCGGUCGAACGGCAGCAUUGUUGCGGAAAAGAGCCUUGUUGAUCAAGCUAUGACGGCCGGACACGGUCGUCCGCGUUCUGCAGGGGCACUUACAACGAGGCGUAACUCCAUUAACAGUGCAGCGGUUGGUAGCGUGGACAUGAAUGUAAGUGAUGCCACUUUACAUCGACCUGACACCGAUGAGGAAGAAUCGCCUACUUUUUUCCCCUUGAACAGCCUCACAUCGCGGGAUAAAAGGCUAUAUUGCCCGGAAACCCUGGACAAGAAGAGCCUUGGGUACAUUGGCCAGAAUGCAUUUCUCAAUGGUGAAGGCCUUGACAGGGUUCUUUCAAAGCUCGAUAAUAGCUACUAUGGGUCCAUGGCACAGGAUGAAUCUGACAGCUCCUUGUCUUCAUCACCUCCUUUGACGCCCCAAGAUUGGGUUGAGGCUUCUAAGCCGGAUGCCAAACGCCGACGGGACAAGUCUGCUAUGAUGCCUGUUGUGCCUAAAUCGAAAAACCCCCGACCUCAGGAGACGCGAAUCACCAGCCAGUCUUCUUUUAUUGGUCGUCGGCACAGCAUCGAUUCCACCAUCAGGGACUCGGAUGUUCCCAUGAUUCCCACACUGGAUAUACAGUCGCUAGAGUCUGGCUUGCAGCCUGGGCCCGAACUAGAUCGUCGGAUGAUCGGACGCAAGAUUAGCAUCCGCCCUCCGUUCUUUGCACGUUCGGCGCCUCCUCGUCGUCUCCAGCCCUCCCUAAUGUUCGAUGGUUCGGAUUCAGACGAUGGAGCUCCUGCUCCCAUUAUUCGUAAAGCACGCGAUGACAAUCCGGCCAAACCAACGAAGACGGCUUCCAAAGCCGAAAGCAAUAGUUCCAGUUUUUCUUCGUCUGUGCCAAUGCCUGCCGACGCCAAACGGGGAGAUAUUCAUCGGACAUUGCCACACUCCUUUACCGAAUCCGGCUUCAUGAACAAUGCAGGGGCCAAACCGCCGCCGCCCGACCCCAAGGACCACAAGCGGCGCAGUUCCCUUGGAAUCUUCAGCUGGGUGAAAGGGGCUAGCGGGCUUGGGAAGAAGGCGGAACCAGAGCUUCCAGUGAAGGCCAGCGCGCCCAGUACUGCCUUGGUCAAGAGCAGACCUCCUCGGGCGACUCCAGAGUCAGGAAAGAGUGCUUCUGACUCCGGUAGAACCAUUGAGAUGGGCGCGAUGAACGUUGCCAUUGAUGACAUUGCCUCGAAGUCCAAACAUUCAAACCACGACGAAGAAACAGGCCGACGACCAAGGUACAUCGACCGACGGGCUCGUCGUGGCUAAACUGGCAGUUGCCUUAUCCCGCUUUCAAAAAUUUCUUUCUUUACUUUCUGUUUUCCUUUGCAUCUUUCCCGGGACUGUUUAUGAUCUAUCACGAUACCCCAUGAGUUACAUGUCUGAUGACACGGAUUUGUACUAGUAUUGCAUGCGCAGCAGAGAGUACCGCGUUUCUGACGUUUUAUUUUUGGGCCAUUAGAGGUGGUUGCUAAUUCUUUGUUGCUUGCUAUACACAUGGUAUCUGGCUGGCACACGAUAUCAUUUUGUGCUUCUUGCUUUGGUGAUUUCAUCAAUACCUGAC